UAAAAUCUGGCAGCAAAAAGCCCUUUUGGGUGAAGAUUUGGGGAAGACAGACAUUAGUCUCAUACCAUGGGGGACUGGAAUUUAUUGGGUGGCAUCCUAGAGGAAGUUCACUCCCAUUCAACUAUAGUGGGGAAAAUCUGGCUGACCAUUCUCUUCAUUUUCCGAAUGCUGGUACUUGGUGUGGCUGCUGAAGAUGUCUGGGAUGAUGAACAGUCAGCCUUUGCCUGCAAUACCCAGCAGCCCGGUUGCAAAAAUAUCUGUUAUGAUGAUGCUUUCCCUAUCUCUUUGAUCAGGUUCUGGGUUUUACAGAUCAUUUUUGUGUCUUCUCCUUCUCUGGUGUAUAUGGGCCAUGCACUUUAUAGACUCAGGGCCUUUGAGAAGGAGAGGCAGAAGAAAAAGUCACACCUCCGAGUCCAGAUGGAGAAUCCAGAGCUUGAACUGGAGGAGCAACAAAGGAUAGAUAGAGAGCUGAAGAGGUUAGAGGAGCAGAAGAGAAUCCAUAAAGUCCCUCUGAAAGGAUGUCUGCUGCGUACUUAUGUCUUACACAUCUUGACAAGAUCUGUGAUGGAAGUAGGGUUCAUGAUAGGCCAGUAUAUUCUCUAUGGAUUUCAAAUGCAUCCGCUUUACAGAUGCACUCAGCCCCCUUGCCCUAAUGCAGUGGAUUGCUUUGUAUCCAGGCCCACAGAGAAGACAAUUUUCAUGCUCUUUAUGCACAGCAUUGCAGCCAUAUCUUUGUUCCUCAAUGUACUGGAAAUAUUUCAUCUUGGAAUCAAGAAAAUUAUGAGGGCACUUUAUGAGAAAUCCGGCAAUGAGGGCAUUGAGAAGGAAAGUGGCAACCCAUUCCACUUGAAAAAAUAUUCAGUGGCCCAGGAGUGUAUAAUUUGCUCUCCCUUGCCUAAAAGAAUCUCUCUACUUCAAGCCAACAAUCAACAGCAAGUCAUUCGAGUCAAUGUGCCUAAGUCUAAAACCAUGUGGCAAAGCUCACAGCCCAUGCAAUUUGAAGUAGACCCUUGCUGUGUUAAAAAAGAGUGGGUUGAGAAGGAUCAGCACAGUGGACAGCUCCGUGUCCACAGCCCUUGUCCCUGGGAUGAUGGCGCUCAAAUUCAGCACCCUAGACAGCAAACACGCCUUUCCUGUGUCCGGCAAAAGGGCAACUCCCACUCCUGGCUAGGUACAGAGAUAAAUCCUAGACGCUGCCCAUCCUAUGCAACAGGAGCCUGGGAACAGUCCCAGGAUCGACGAACCUCAGGAGAGCCUCUCACAGAUUUGCACAGUUACUGUAGAGACAGCGAUAGCAGUGUGAGAAAGAGUGGGGUCUGGACAGACAGAUCUCACCCGGGCAGUCGCAAGGCCAGCUUUCUGUCCAGAUUGCUGUCUGAAAAGGGACAGUUGCACAGUGACUCGGGAAGCUCCAGUUCUCGGAAUAGCUCUUGCUUGGACCUUCUGCACCGGGAAAAUAGCCCCUUGCCUCUGCCUUCAGCCACUGGGUAUAGAACAUCAAUGAACAUGCUUCUAGAACUUUCAUCUAUUAUGAAAAAAUAAUUCAUGCGUGGGGCCAGAAAAAUGGACCGAGGAGCAGCCGGCAUCUGUGGCAGAAAAGUUGCACUUUUGAUAGCUCAAACUGUGAGAAGAACUGUGGGAACCAUUCCCUCCGCAGAGACACCCACUGGCCAAUGGGUGUGUACAGGGUGGCCCCAGCUGGGCUCACCUGCACAGGAGAUCCUCCUCUGAUGGGGCUGGAUGGAUCUCUCACUGCCCCACCUGGCCUCACCACCGGUGCUGUGUCAGGCAGGAGGAGGCAGGGAGGAAGUGUGCACCAGGAGAGAAAAUCUCGGGAGGUGGCAAUGAGGUGUGGAGAUAUGAAGAGGCAUGAGCUGUUCCACAGUGAGUUGGUAGAAGAGCCAGUGAAGACCAGGUGGAUGAAAAUGAUGCUGGGGUCAAGUCCAAGUGGGUACCACCAAGGGGCACACCAGAUUCCAGGUGCUUAAGAUGCAUCAGCUCUACCUUGUACAGCUGUGGAAGAUUAUUGUUGAUCCCCAUUUUAUAGAGCAGAGGAGGCUCAAAGAGACUGAGGAACGUGCCCCACAGCUAAAGUUCGCAUGGCUGAAGUGUCUGCUCUACAGCUGGAUACAAACCCGGAUCCUGCUGCUCCAAGUCUCGGGUUCCUGCCAGGAAGCGUUGAAACUGUGCGCUCCCUGGCCGUGACAGUCCAGCCCCUGGGCAACAAUUGAUUUGCACAGCUGCCUGUCCAACUAGCCUAUGGAAGCUCUAAGGAUAAGGGCUGUGCAUUUUAAAUCUUGGAUGCCCAGCUCACAGUACAGUGUUGGUUGAAUGAAUGUUUGUUUCUGUAUGGAUGCCAAAGACAAUAUAUGACCUUUCAACUCUCCCAUCUGUUCCUUAUUUGCAGGUGUUCUGUCACGUCCUGUCAAUAGGGCCAUUUUGAGAGACUCUUUCAGAAGCCUGUAUGGCAGCAUUUUUUCCCCUUUACUUUAAAAUUCCUUUGUCCUCAGAAACCUUGACAGGGUCAUCAACUAUACAGCACAAAGAGAAGUUAAACAACAUGUUAAAGGGGGAGUAUAAAACGUGAUGCUUCCAGUAUAUGCUGGCGUGCCUCUGACGGAUUCCUUCUGUUGCUUCAGGGUGUGGAUCACUGCGUCAGGGAGGCACUUGUCUUCAAGGGGGAAGAGUAAACCCCACCAUGAAGAACCAGUAAUGCCUCCUGCUGGCUGACUGAGCAGGCCAGCGGCAGGUGUAUGUUGGGAUCUGUAGGAGCCAGAGGUAUAAGGAUAAAAGGUAUCAUGUUCUCGAAUCAAAUGAACGGAAAGACAGAUACAUAAUGGGAUGUGGGAUGAGUGGCUUUUCCCAUCUCUCUGGAAAGCGAAGGUGCUAAGUGGGGACAAUUGGAAACCCAUUCCACUCGGAGUCCUCACAAGGCGGGUGUUAAACAUCGAAUACAGUCUUGCCAGUGCAUCCUACUUGAGCGGGGAGGGUGAUGGGUUG